AUUUCAUUCUCUCUCUCUCUAAAAUGGGAUGCUGUUGCGAUCAAGACGACGACGUUGAGAUCCUCAGACACCUCAAUCCCUCCCCGGCCCUUCACUCUCCACCGCCGCAACCUCCACCCGCGGAUCAUUCCGCUGCCAUAUUGUCUCCCAUGAACUCUCACUUUUUCGCCCUCUCCUGCCGCGAUAUCCUCCGCCUCAUCUUCGAGAACCUUUCCAUCCCCGACUUGGCUCGUUCCAGCUGCGUUUGCCGUCUAUGGCACUCCGUUGCUUCCGAUCAGGAAAUUGUCUCCGGAGCUUUCAAAGCGCCGUGGAAGGUGAAGGAUGUGGUCGGGAAGCCGAGCUCCUGGAGCUUCUGGAGAGAUAAUUGCCUUGGGAAGUUUGCAAUUUCUCAUCGAAUUCUCCGCGGCGAUAGCUUGGCUAGUCUAGCCGUUAAGUAUUCUGUUCAGGUUACAGACAUAAAACGUCUGAACAACAUGAUGAGUGACCAUGGCAUAUACUCAAGAGAAAGAUUGUUAAUCCCCAUUGGCAAUCCCAAUAUGCUCAUUAACAGUAUAUGUUACAUUGAGAUGGAUGCUAUUGCAAAACGAGAAGUUGCAGUGUUAUAUUUGGACGGAAUCCCCAUGACCCAACAUUUGUAUGGUAAGGUGACAUCCGAACAAGGUAUGUCUUCUGUUCAAGUGAACAAGCGGGUACUUCAUUCAUUGAGUCGAAGCAUGAUGGUUGACGACGAAACCGCUCAAUAUUACUUAUCCAUUUCCAAUGGCAAUCCUCGAGCUGCUCUUACAGAAUUUGCCGAGGACAUCAGGUGGGAGAGGCAUAUGAGCAUUGCCUAAUUCUCACAAAGGCAGAUUGUUGCUUCGGGUAAAGAUAGUGUGUAAAUUAUUCAGAUGCUUUCUACUGGAAUCUGUUGUUAUUCCUCUCCAUAUCCACAAAGAAUGAUUAGAUCAAGAAUCCGUAUCCAACACCAAUUCACUCCUUGGCUCAUUGGCUGAUCGGUAUGUACAUCUACAUCUACAUUCUUACUGUCAUUUGAAUGAGGCAUUUUGCCUCGUUUCAUUAUUGUGUAUAUAUAUAUAUGAUAUGAUGUAUUCUCAUAUUUACUUGAAGAUGAUGAUGCUCUAUUGUGUUUAGCUGUAAAUCUAAUGUUCUUGGAAGUUAAAAACAUGUCUAUUUAAGCAAAAAACAUUGUAAACAAACUUCUUUUCCCCUAGAAUUUAAUGUCCAUAAAGAUUGAAUUAGAGGUGUA